UUAUAUCCACCACUUCUUCCAUAAUAUUCAUUUCAUCAAACAAAGAAAGCUAGAGUUGUACAAGUAGAGUAAAGUUUGUAUUAUAACAUCAGCAUCUGCUAGAGAAGUUUGCACUAAUGGGGACGAAGCAUCACGAGAAUCGGCUCGAGUACGAGGAGACUGAGCUGAGGCUAGGGCUACCCGGUGGUUGUUUGAAGAGAGAGUUUUCUCAAACUAUAGAUUUGAAGCUCAAUUUGAAUGCAUCCAUGGCUUCUUCAUCAUCUCCUCAUCACCAACAGGAAAAGAUCACUGCAAAGCCACCUGCUAAGGCCCAAGUAGUUGGUUGGCCACCAGUUAGAUCCUUCAGAAAGAACACCCUUGCAGUCCAAAAGGACGGUAGCGGCGGCGAAAGUGGCGCUGCGGCCGCGUUUAUCAAAGUCAGCCUAGAUGGGGCACCGUACCUCCGGAAAGUGGACUUGAAAAUGUACAAUAGCUACCAACAACUUUCUGAAGCUCUCGGAAAAAUGUUCACCUCCUCUACAAUCGGCGAUUGUGGGGUGAAGGAGUUGAUGUGUGAGAGCAAAUUGAUUGACCUUUUGAAUGGGUCUGACUAUGUGCCUACUUAUCAAGAUAAAGAUGGAGACUGGAUGCUUGUUGGAGAUGUUCCAUGGGGGAUGUUCGUUGAUUCAUGCAAACGUCUCAGGAUAAUGAAGAGUUCGGAGGCCAUUGGACUUGGUAUUGUUCGAUUCGAUUGUCCGUUUACACAAAAAACACCCAGAGCAGUGGAGAAGUGCAAGAACAGAGCAUGAAAAGGCUUCUGCUUAUAUUUCCAUUUGUGUAAUUUUGUUGUGAGUGAGUAUAUAAAUAGUGGAUAAUGUUCAGCAGUUAAAAUGUACUACUACUCAGUUAUAAGGUUGUCAUUAUUAAUAUUACUAUCAUCUUAGUUUGAUUCGUGAAA